AUGGAAACAUUCAUACCCAAUGAUUUGACAACAGUAAAUCAAGACAGGAAUAAGGAGAAAAGAAACACAAAACCAAGACUUUUAAAAUAUGAAGGGAGAAAUUAUGAAGAUGUCCCACCAUCAGAGAAUCAACCAGCAGAAAAGGAGACAUUGAAACAUAAAACAUUUAGAACAAUCUCUGCACCCUUGAAGUCAGAGAAAACAGAAGAUUACCUUCAAGAAAGUAAAACUCAACAAGAUAUACUUGUUCCAGAACCAGUGCCUCAUAUGAAGAAAGAGAAAUCAAAGGAAAAGGAUCAAACUCACGCUUGUCCAAAAGUUAGGAAAAAAAGGCUUGCAUCAUAUGAUAGAAUAGUACCAAGGGAUGAUGAUGUUGUAAGUCAUAUUAUUAGGCUAAGAGAAAAACUUGGCUGGCAGACAAUAUUAUCACAGCACAAUUUGGAAUACAGAGGUUUCAAAACUGCAACUCAGAAGAUAAUUCUAAAGGAACCUCUGAAAGAUGAUGGAGAAUUUGUAUAUUGCCUCCCUCGGAAAAAUACUAAAGCCCUUUGUAAUCCGUAUGAUCUUCAAGUAGUCUCCGCCCACAGAGCUAGACAUUGCAAAGAAUUCUGGAUUAUCACUGCUUCAUUUAUCUCAAAGGUUACUAAAAUAGGUGGUGUAGAAGAAAUAGAACUUAUACCUACUUUGGAAUGGCUACUGGAAAGAAGAUGUUAUUACUUAUUACAGCAAUUCAAGAUAUUUUCCAAUUUUCGAAUUAAUAAAUCAUUUGUUACUUGGAAAUUGACUGUUAAAAGAAUUAAGACUAAUAAGAGCAGGUCAUUUUUGUAUCGCCAUCUAUUUUGGGCUGAUGAGUUAUUUCAAAGCUGUUUACUUUAUAUAAAGGGACUUUGUGAAGAUGCAGUUAGUCUCAAAAAAAGUAAUGAAGAUAAUCCAUCUGCCAUAUGCCUUGUAAAGCUGGAUAAGUCUCGAACAUAUUCUCUAGAUGAAUUUUGUGAAGAACAGCUACAGCAGGCUACCCAGGCACUGAAACAACUUGAAGAUAUCAGGGGUAAAGCAAUUUCAGAAAUAAAAGUUACAAUUUUAAAGGUGGCAGAAAAGAAAGAUAUUAAAGAAUAUUUUGAAUCAGACCUCUCUGAAGGCACAACACAUUUCAAGCUGCCUACAUAUCGACGCUUAUUAGAAGUAAUUUUCAGGUUUUUGGUGCUGGUUGACUAUAUGUUUCAGGAACUCACCCGUCAACUAAUGAACACUGCAGUCACACUACUUUUAGAGUUAUUUAAUAGUUCUGCUAGAAUGCCAUUUUCAGUGGAAAAAAAGAAUGAAAAUCUCAAAAUACAUAAGGACAUCUUUGCUUUCACUGGAAAGAUAACAAGUGAUUAUGAAGAAUUUGAUAAUAAUUUAAACUUAUAUGCUUCUUCUGUUCUAAACACAGAAGUAACAACACAAGAUGAUGAGAUUUUGAAUAGUAUUAAAGUGGAUAAGGAUUUGGAAAAAAUAUGUGCACCAAUAUUUGAAGUAAAUCUACAGUUGAGAAUUCCUGCUGAGAGUGAUUCUUCAGAAAAUUCUAAAGAGAACUUACAUGAUUCAGACAAGUGUUCUGAAAAACCUGUAAUGUGUGAAGAUGAAAUAUCAGAAAAUGAGACCAGUGUCAUUAAAUACUCAAGUGAAGAACUGCUCCCCAUGAAGAAGUCAAAAAAGCUUAGUUUCAACACUGAAAUUCUUUCAGAGGUAGACAUCGAAACUGAGUUUGAGAAAAAAUACAUGUAUGAUGAAUUUUCAGGAUUCCCUACAAAUCUCUUUUUAAGUCCCAACAGACUGGAGUUUUCAAUACAAAUUCAAAAUAUGUUGGCUGACAUUGAAAAAUGCAUAACCAAAAUUAUUCCUCUUUGCCAAGAUCCCCGCCUAUCUAUCUUUACUGAUUCGGCAUUAAUUAUGGAUUUACCUAAUAAGAGAAAAAGUGUGAUAGACCUUAAGAAUCAAACCAGAUGGCCAGAUUGUCAGAUCCUUUUUGAAAUGGAUCCUGCCUACCAAGAUAAAAUUGCGAGUCUCCUGACUAUUAUUGGAAGUUCAAUGGGCAUAGUUAAUAUGUACAGCUGCCAGUUUUUAAAGUAUUGUACCAUGGUAGAGAAGGCCAAAAUCAUGAGUAUCAAAAUAUCAUCUAUGGAAGAAUUAACUUCAACACAGUUUAAAGCUAUACUAACUAAAUUCAGAAACUAUCUUAGACAAAUUGUUAAUAUGGCCAUUGAGAAGCGCAUUGGUAUUUUCAAUGUUUUAAGUUUUGAUUAUCAGUCACAAUGUUUACCAUAUGUUGAAAAUAUCAUAAACAUGAGCCACAACCUCUUGAGAUCUAUAAUUGAAAAAAAGAACGCAAAUCUAUUGGAGGUUGUAGACUCAUCAUUGCAAAAACUGGAAUGUACUCCCACUGAAACAGAAGAAUUUCUGGAACAUUUUACUUUUUUGGAUGCGAUUUCUUCAAAAAUAUCUACAUUAGAAAAAGAGUACUCAACAAUUGCUCAGCUGUUUUCUGUUGUAAAGUAUUACCACAUCUAUAUUUCAGAAGAGCAGAUUGCCAUAUAUAAAAUCCUUCUUAUCAAGUUUGGUCAACUAAAAACUUCUGUGAAGUUAAGUGAAACAAAUAAAGACGCUGCUAUUGCUAAAUUCAGAGACAAUUUAGAAGCAUAUAUCACUGGUCUACGGGUUGAUGUUAGUAAUUUAAAGGCCAAAAUAAGAAAUCCUGUUUUGUUAUGUGCUAGUACUCCAGUGUCGACAGCAAUGGAAAUGAUCCAGACUCUCUCAGAGGAAGCUGCAAGUUUAGCUGUCAAAGCUAAAAUAUAUUCAAACUAUCAGGAUUGUUUUGAUGAUUCCCAAUCUCAUAUACAUUGUCUUAAUAUGGAAGAGAUUACACAGAUUGUACUUUCAGAGAUCGCUGACAUUGACUAUGACUUAACCUUAAGGAAAAUAUUAUGGGAUGCACAAGAGGAAUGGGGAACACUCUUUUGGGAAUGGAGGAAUAGUACUCUUCACAGUAUUGAUACAGAAUCAGUAUAUAGAAAUGUUUCAAAAUGGAAGGAAAUAAUCUUUGUACUAGAAAAAGAUUUACCUAAAAAUGACAUGGUGACACAUCUUAAGCAAUCAGUGACGGAUUUUAAACAAGAGCUGCCGAUCAUCAUAGCACUAGGAAAUCCCUGUCUCAAGCCAAGGCAUUGGGAGGCUCUCCAGGAGAUUAUUGGAAAGUCAGUUUCUCUUGAUAAAAACUGUACAGUAGAGAAUCUUCUCGCACUCAAGAUGUUUCAGUAUGAAAAUGAAAUAAAUGAAAUAUCAAGCUCAGCAACUAAUGAAGCUGUUCUUGAAAAAAUGCUGUUUAAGAUUAUUGAGCUUUGGAACACUACUCCUUUACAUUUAGUGCUUCAUCACACUGAGGCUUACUCUAUCCUAAUAAUUUCAUCUAUAGAUGACAUAUUCGCUCAGUUAGAAGAGUCUCAAAUCAUACUUGCAACAGUCAAAGGAUCUUCCUAUCUUACGCCUAUUAAGGAUCUUGUGGAUGAAUGGGUUCAAAAGUUGACUCUCUUCUCGUACACUCUUGAGGAAUGGAUGAAUUGCCAAAGAAAUUGGCUUUAUCUUGAACCAAUCUUUCAUUCUACAGAAAUACAAAGGCAGCUCCCAGCAGAAGCAAAACUCUUCUCUCAAGUAAUUUCCAUGUGGAAAGAAAUAAUGUCAAAAAUACACAACAAACUGGAUGCUUUGCAAAUAACUACCUCUGCAGGAGUCCUUGAAAUUCUGCAGAAUUGCAAUAUACAUCUUGAAUAUAUAAAGAAAAAUCUUGAGGACUAUCUUGAACUUAAAAGAAUGGUCUUCCCAAGAUUUUACUUUCUUAGCAAUGAUGAACUUCUUGAUAUUUUAUCUGAGAGCAGAAAUCCUGAGUCUGUACAGCCUCAUCUUGUGAAAAUUUUUGAAAAUAUAAAACAAUUAUUGAUAUGGAAACAAGAAAUUGGCCCCCCUGCUGUGAUGAUGCUCAUAUCUGCUGAAGGAGAAACUCUUGUGCUGCCAAAGAAAAUCCGUAUAAGAAGUGGUGUAGAACAAUGGCUGGUAAACGUAGAGAAAACCAUGUUUGAUGUGGUAAAAAAAUUUGUAGUUCAAGGAGUUGAAGACUGGUACUAUCAAAAAUUUUCCAUAUGGGUGGUAUCUCAUCCAGGACAAGUGGUACUCACUGUGAGCCAGAUCAUGUUUUAUAAUGAUUGUAUCAAAAGUUUUGUGAGUUCUCAUUCAAAAGAAGAGGUGGAAAAAGUCCAUGCUUGUAUGAUACGUCAUCUAGAAGAGGUUGCAGAGCUGGUAGUGCUGGAUACUAAUAACUCUCGAACAAAAGUUGUACUAGGGGCAUUGCUUACCCUUUAUGUUUACUGCAGAGACAUAGUGAGAGAUUUACUGCUUAAAAGUAUUUUUAAUGCAGAGGAUUUUGAGUGGACAAGACAUUUGCAAUAUAAGUGGAAUGAAAAACAAAAGUUGUGCUAUGUAUCUCAAGGAGAUGCCAGCUUCACUUAUGGCUAUGAGUACUUGGGCUGUACCCCACGACUGGUUAUUACGCCUCUCACUGACAGAUGCUGGCUAACUCUUACCCGAGCACUACACUUAAAUCUAGGAGGUUGCCCUGCUGGUCCAGCUGGUACAGGAAAAACUGAGAGUGUCAAAGAUCUAGCAAAAUCCUUAGGCAAACAUUGUGUAGUCUUCAACUGUUCUGAGGAUUUGGAUUAUAAGAUAAUGGGGAAAUUCUUCUUUGGACUGGUUGAGUCAGGAGCUUGGUGUUGUUUCGAUGAAUUCAAUAGAAUUGAUGUGGAAGUUCUCUCCAUGAUUGCCUCACAGAUGUUAACAAUUAAGGCAGCAAAAGACAGCUAUUCUGUCAGAUUUGUACUGGAAGGAAAAGAAAUUCGUAUAAAUAUGUCUUGUGCUGUAUUUGUCACCCUGAACCCUGGAUACAAAGGUCGAGUGGAACUCCCGGAUAACUUAAAAUCUCUGUUUCGCCCAGUGGCAAUGAUGGCUCCCCAUUAUCAAAUGAUUGCUGAAGUAAUGCUCUUUUCUGUUGGCUUCAAAUCUGCAAAAUUACUCUCUGGAAAGCUAGUUAACAUUUACGAAUUAGCUAGCAAACAACUCUCACAACAGGAUCAUUAUGAUUUUGGCCUGAGGUCUCUGAAGACAAUUUUAAUAAUGGCUGGAAAGAAGAAACAGGAAUUUAAAUGUAACAUCACUGACAUUUCUGAAACAGAUGAAACUCUGAUAAUUAUUGAAGCUAUGAGAGAAGCUAGUUUACCAAAAUUUCCUCCUGAAGAUGUCCCACUUUUUGAGAAGAUUAUAGGAGAUAUUUUUUGUGGAGCGACAGUUUCAAAAGUAAAUCAAAUUGCUUUGGAGAAAGUAAUAUCGAUUGCAACACAACAAUUAGGCUUACAACAGUGGCCAGCUCAGAAAGAGAGAAUCAUACAGUUUCAUAAUCAGCUCCAGGCUUGUGUUGGUGUGAUGUUAGUGGGCCCAACAGGUGGAGGAAAAACAACAGUCAGAAGAAUUUUAGAAAGAGCAUUAACACUGUUGCCAAUUGAAGAAUUCUUAUCAAUUGAAGAAAGGGAAUCCAUUUCACAGAUUCCAGGAAGAAAAGGAAAAGUAGAUAUCUGUGUUUUAAAUCCAAAGUGUAUCACUCUUAGUGAACUAUAUGGACAUCUGGAUCCUAAUACUAUGGAAUGGGCUGAUGGAUUAUUAUCAGCAACAAUUCGAAAUUAUGUAUAUUUAAACACUACAAAGUACUCAAACAAAGACAGUGAUCCCGGACCAAAGUUGAAAAUCUCAGAUUCACCUAAUGUUUUCAGACUUGAUUCCUCUGAUACAGCAGAUACUGAUCAUUAUGUUUUUGAGAAGGAGGUGGAGAAAGAUAUUAAAAUUCCAGAAAGUCAGAACUUUGAUUGGCAGUGGAUUAUCUUAGAUGGUCCAGUGGAUAACUUUUGGGUAGAAAAUCUAAACUCUAUGCUGGAUGACACUAAGAUGUUGUGCCUAGCAAACAGCGAGAGAAUAGCUUUGACUAGUAAAAUAAGAGUGAUUUUUGAAGUGGACAGUCUCUCUCAAGCUAGUCCUGCUAUUGUCAGCCGAUGUGCAAUGGUCUAUAUGAAUCCUGUUGAUCUGGGAUGGGAGCCUUAUGUUAAGUCAUGGCUUUUGAAAACUUCUAAAAUUAUGAACAAAUCAGAAGUGGAUUGUCUUGAAUCCAUGAUUAAAAUUAGCAUCACAAAUGGACUACAGUUUAUAAAGAAGCAUCAGAAAUUUCAGCCAUUUCCUGUACAGGACAUAACAAUUGUUACAACUCUCUGCAGAAUUCUUGAUGCGUUCUUUGAAUUCAUGAGUAAAAAUGGAGUCUUUGGACAACAUGAAGAUUUGGAGGACAUUUCGACUGAGGAGACAACCUCACGUUCAAAACUUUCUGUCAAAUUCAAGGAUGUAGAAAAGAGGGAUGAAAAUGCAUGGUGUCUGGAGAAAAAUCCUGUUAAAUUAAAAAAAACAAUUCAAAAGCUUUAUGUGUUUGCAUUUACUUGGGCAUUUGGAGGAACUUUAAAACGUGAAGAUGAACAUGAAGAUGACAUAAUAUUGUAUUCAAGUUCUGAACCUGAUUCACCUGCAAGAGUAACCUAUGAUUUUAACAACCUUGUUCACGAAUUAUUUGAAAGCAAUGCACAAGUAGGCAUCAACCUUCCAAAUGGUGAACAUUCUAUCUUUGGGUAUUUUGUGGAUAUACCGCAAUGUGAAUUUAUACCAUGGUCAGAGUUACUUCCUAAUAUUCGGACACUAAUGCAAAGAGGAACUUCAAUACUAGCUGAUCCUCAAGGAUCCAGUGAAAACCUCUUGAAGAUAACAGAAUGCAGAGAGAACAUUAAUUAUAUUGCUACCAGAGACACAACAUGCCUUUCUUUUCUCAUAAGCCUUCUUUUAAAGAAUUCCUGCCCUGUACUUCUUACAGGAGACUUUGGUGUUGGGAAAACCACUGCCAUUAAUCAAACGCUUGAAAAAUUAGAGGGCUCAGGAGCAUUUGAUGUGAAAUAUGGGUCAAUUUUAGGAGAAGUCCUGUUAUAUAAUGAAAUUAAAAAAUCAAGGUUCCUGAAACAGAAUAUCAGCAUCUUGCUUUCUGAAACUCAUAAGACAGCAGCAGGAGGUCUGGAUAAGAUUACUAAAAAGGCAGAAGUUAAAACUGAUGAAAGUUCAUUUAAAAAUAGUAAUAAAGGAAUUACAGUCUCUUCAAUACAUUUUAAUAUCAAUACAACAGCUACCAAAACUAAGGAGAUGAUUCUUAAGAAGUUAGUAAGAAGAACUAAAGACACUCUUGGAGCACCAAAAAGCAACAGGAUUGUAAUAUUUAUUGAUGAUCUGAAUAUGCCAGAAUCAGAUAUGUAUGGAGCACAGCCACCCCUGGAAUUAAUCAGACAAUUAUUAGAUAUGGGAGGAAUUUAUGAUACUGAAAAAAUUGCAUGGAAGAAUAUCCAAGAUCUCUCUCUAGUUGCAGCUUGUGUUUUUCCAAUUGGCAGGAGGUAUAUUAGUCCACGUCUGCUCAAACAUUUUUCCAUUCUGGUAUUGCCUCAUCUCCCACAAAGUGCCUUACGUACUAUUUUCCAGAUUCAUUUGGGAAUGUAUUUCUCCAUCAAUAACUUCACACCUGAAGUUCAGAAAACUAAGGAUCAAAUAAUAUCUUGCUCUCUAGCUGUAUACUAUCAAGUAUGUCAGAGUAUAUUACCAACUCCAAUGAAAUGUCACUACAUGUUUAAUCUUCGAGAUAUAUUUAAGCUUCUCCUAGGAUUGCUGCAAGCUGAUAAGUUUGUUGUUAACUCCAAAGAGACGGCUGCUCUGUUCUUUGUUCAUGAAGCCACCCGAGUGUUUCAUGAUCGCUUAUUUGAACAAGCUGAAAAGGUGCUUUUCUAUCAGUUUCUUUCAAAAGAACUUGAGAAUUAUUUUCAGAUCCACUGGACCAAAGAAAAACUGAUGAAUGACUCAACUAUAUUUGUGGAUUUCUUGGAUGUAAACAAGUCUCAUAGAAAGAAGACCUAUCGGAAUACCAAUGACUAUAAUAAACUUGCUGAAGUACUUAAUGAAUUCCAAAUGAAAUUGAAUUCAGCAUCUUUGGAGAUUUCUCAUUCCAUGGUGUUCUUCAAGGAAGCCAUAGAACACAUUGCAAGAGCUACAAGGAUCCUUCGACAAUCAGGAAGUCAUAUGCUAAUGAUUGGAAUAGAUGGAUGUGGAAAAGAAACUUGUGCAACUCUGGCCUGUUAUUUAACAGAAUACAAAAUAUACCGAGUGCCUUUAUCUCACAAUUAUGCAUACAUGGAAUUCAAAGAAGACUUUAAAAAGGUGUUUAUUCAAACAGGAUUAGAAGGGACCCCCACUGUUUUGAUAGUUACUAACUUAAACCUGGAUCAGGAGUUAUUUUUGGAAGAUUUGAACAGCAUUGUUAAUUUGGGGAAAAUACCUGACUGGUUUGAAAAUGAGGAGCUGGACUCAAUUGCACUCAGGAUUAGAACUCUUGCUGAACAGUCUGGUUAUGUUGAUGAUAGGCAAGCUUUACUCUCAUUCUUCCAAAAGAGAAUAUAUAAAAAUCUUCAUAUUCUUAUGACCAUGAGUCCUACAAGACCUAACUUUCACCAAAAUUGUAGACUAUAUCCUUCCCUGAUCAGCUCCUGCACGAUCGAUUGGUAUGAGAAGUGGCCAGAAGAAGCUCUCCUGAUUGUAGCCAAUUCUUUCUUAAGAGAGAAGGUGGAUUUUGAGAACAGAGAGAACUUAAAAGAAAAACUUGUCCCAACAUGCGUCCAAAUCCACCAAAGUGUAGACGACUUGAGCACAAAAUACUUUAAAAAAACUAGAAGGCAUUAUUAUAUCACUCCCAGUAACUACUUGCGAUUCAUGGAUACAUUUGCCCACUUUUUGAAGUCUCGAGAGAAGGAAAUGCAAAAGAAGAGGAAUCGUUUCUAUACAGGUCUAUCCAAGAUCCUGGAAACAACUGCUCUAGUUACAGAUAUGCAGAAGGAGCUCUUGAUUCUUGGCCCUCAAAUAGAGCAAAAAACAAAAGAAAAAGAAGCCCUAAUGGAAAAACUACAGAAAGAUUCACAAGUGGUUGAAAAAGUUCAGAUGCUUGUUAAACAGGAUGAAGAAAUUAUGGCAGAAGAAGUAAGAAUUGUGGCAGAGUACGCUCAGAAAGCUGACAAUGAAUUAAAAAGUGUACUGCCAGCUCUUGACAAGGCAAUUGUGGCUCUAAAUGCCCUGGAUAAAAGUGAUGUCUCUGAAUUAAGAGUAUAUACACGGCCUCCUUACCUCGUACUGACUGUCAUGAAUGCAGUUUGUAUUCUUCUGCAAAAGAAACCUAACUGGGCUACAGCAAAGUUACUUCUUUCAGAAACUGGUUUCCUGAAAAAAUUGAUUAACCUUGACAAGGACAGCAUACCUGAGAAGGUUUUCAUACAGCUGAAAAAGAUUUUAAUCUUACCUGAUUUCAACCCAAGCAAGAUUGCUCUAGUUUCUGUUGCUUGUUGCUCUAUGUGCCAGUGGGUUAUAGCAUUGAAUAACUACCAUGAAGUACAGAAGCUGGUGCACCCUAAACAAAUCCAAGUGGCUGAAGCUCAAAAUGUCCUAAAAAUUGCACAACAAAGGUUGGCCGAAAAACAAAGAGGUUUACAGCUGGUUGAAGAACAUCUGCAGUUUUUGCAAGCAGCCUACAAAGAUAUUGUUGCUGAAAAAGAACAAUUAGCAUAUCGAAGAAAACUGGCUACCAAGCGCUUACAGUGUGCAUCUAUCUUGCUAACUGCCUUGGAAGAUGAGAAGACUCGAUGGCAAGAAACAAUCAAGCAAAUAGACAACAAGUUAGAAGAAAUUUUGGGUGACAUACUUAUUUCAGCAGCCUGCAUUGUCUACAGUGGGGUGUUAACAGCAGAAUUUCGCCAGCUGAUUGUGAAGAAAUGGGAGACUCUUUGUACUGAAAACAACAUUUCUUUGUCUUCUAACUUUUCUUUAAUUGAAGUCAUGGCACAAAAACAUGAGAUCCACCGAUGGCAUCAUCAGGGGCUCCCUCUUGGUCAGUAUUCAACAGAGAAUGCCAUCUUGAUCAAGAACAGCCUGCAGUGGCCACUGCUGAUUGACCCACAUAAGCAAGCACACAACUGGAUCCGUCAGAUGGAAGGGUCUAGGCUCCAGGAGCUCUCCACUGAGGAUAGCAAUUACAUCCAAAAAAUUGAAAGUGUUAUGAGAACAGGAGGGAGUGUCCUCUUGCAGAAUCUCCCUGAAACACUAGCUCCAGCUUUAAAGGCAAUUUUGAAGAAGGAUAUCUAUCAGAAAAGAGGACAAUGUUUCAUAAGGAUUGAUGAUUCUGAGAUUGAAUACAAUUCCAAAUUUAGGUUAUAUGUAUCUACAGAAAUAGACAACCCCUAUUUUCCUCCAUUCGUUUAUAACUUUGUUACUAUGAUAAACUUCACAGUAACAUUCCAAGGUUUGCAAGAUCAACUCUUAUCUACUGUAUUAACUCAUGAAGUUCCUCAUUUAGAAAAUCAACGUUUCCAACUCUUAGAGACUAUUUCCCUUGAUGCUAAGACUCUUGAAGAACUAGAGCAAAAAACAUUAAAUUUACUACAGAAUGUACAAGGAUUUGUAUUAGAUGAUGAGGAAAUUGUAGACACCUUAAGAAAAUCCAAGAUGACUUCAAAUGAAAUUUCAAAGCGAAUCAAAGCAACAAAAAAAGCAGAAAGUGAAACUGAAGAAACACGUAAAAAGUAUCUCCCCAUUGCUACUCGAGGUGCCCUGCUGUACUUUUUAGUGGCUACUCUUACACAAAUUGAUUACAUGUACCAGUUCUCCCUAGACUGGUUUCGUCAAAUUUUUGUUUCUUCAGUAGUUUCCAAAAGCAAAGAACAAGAACACAGUGUGAAAAGGGAGAGAAUUUCCCUGAAAAAAGUUCAUGAAAUCAUAAAUCUCUCAAAAGAGCCUAAAUUAGAAAGCAAAAAAAAACCCUUAGAUAGUCAUCUUAAAAAUUCAAUAGAUAAGUUGACAAGAAAUAUUUUUAAGGUGGUCUCUUCAGCUCUAUUUAAUCAACAUAAACUUUGCUUCUCCUUUGGGCUUUGCACUACAAUCAUGCAAAAUAAUGCUAAUGGAAAUUUAAUGCAGGAUGACAUUGGAUCCCUACCAGAUGAAGAAUGGAACAUCUUCUUAUAUUCUGGCAUGCUUGUAAAUAUUAAAGGUGUAAUGCCCCAGCCUCAACUUAAUAGCAUAUAUGAAAUCUGUAGAAAUCAACAUCUUCAGUGGGUGUCAGAUUUCAGGUGGAAGCAGUGCCAAUACAUCAGCAAUGAACUAGAAACUUUUUCUCUUCUAUGCAAAUCCCUUUUAUCAAAUGUAUCACAAUGGAAUGCUUUUAAAAACAGUAAGGCUGUAUACUUGCUGAUGAGCACAGCUUUCUCUCCAGAAAAUCCUUCCUUGGAGGAAAGUAAGAAAUCACCAGAGAUGACUGAAUUUUUGAAUGAAAAUGAAGAAAUACGCAGUUCUAUAAAUUUUCCUUGGGAGAAACUCACUCCAUUUCAAAGACUUAUUUUGAUAAAAAUUCUUAGACCAGAACAUUUAAAGAAUUCUGUGAAGAAGUUUGUAACUGAAAAAAUAGGAAAUGAAUAUAUUCACAGAACUGGAAUUAAUUUGAAAGAAUCGUAUAAAGAAUCCAAUGCCAGAACGCCACUGAUACUUAUUCACUCCCAUGAGAUCGACCUGACCAACAUCCUUCUGAAAUUUGCACAAGAGUUAAAAGGAACAACAAAUCAUGUGACCAUGAUUUCUUUGGGUCGUGGCCAGGCAGCUAAAGCAGAAGACCUCAUUGUUAAGGCCUUAACCAAAACUGAACAAUGGGUCUUCCUCCAGAACUGCCACCUUGCAGCAUCGUUUAUGCCGAGGCUUUGCGCUAUUGUAGAAUCAUUUAACAGUCCAAAUGUGACAAUAGAGCCUGGGUUUAGGCUAUGGUUAAGCUCAAAAUCAGACAGUUCUUUCCCAAUUCCUAUUCUUCAAAAGAGUUUAAAGAUUGCAGUGGAAAAUCCCCAGGGAUUGAAAAGUAAUUUACUUCAGACAUUUGGAUAUAGUGGGAGUGGAGAGAUAACAGAAGAGAUAUUUGAAAAACCAGACUGUGGACCAUGGUGGAAAAAACUUUUAUUCAGCUUAUGUUUCUUCAAUGCUCUGAUCAAUGAAAGAAAAAUUUAUGGCAUCCUGGGCUGGAAUAUUGCAUACCCGUUUAGUUCUUCAGACUUGGAGGUUGCCAUAAAGGUGUUGGAAAAUUUCCUGAAUGUACAGUCCAAUAUUCCAUGGCAGACACUGCGCUACCUGAUUGGGGAGGUGGUUUACGGUGGCUGGGUGACUGACAGCUGGGACAGGCGAUGUUUAAACACCCUUCUCUACAAAUUUUGUAAUCCUGAAGUGCUGAAAGAUGACUUCAGUUUCUCUACGGAUGAGUGUUUAAAUUUUCACAUAUGUCAGCCAGCGCCAAAAUCUGGAAGCAUGAAGGAUUACAUAUGCAUUAUCCAGUCCUUACCUGACGAUGACCCCCCUGAGCUCUUAGAAUUGCACCCUGAGGCCACAAGGGGCUUCAGGGAGAUCCAGAGCCAGAAGUUCAUUGAUAAUCUCAUUGCCAUGCAACCAAGACUUACCACCACCAGUCUCAUGUUCAGUCAGGAGCAGAGUAAGGAUGAGCUGGUGAUGGAAAUUUUAUCUGACAUGCUGAAGCGGCUGCCACUGUCUGUGGAGAAAGAAGAAUGUGCUGGAACUCCAAGCACGUUGAAGUGCAUCAUGUUCAGCCCCAUUUGGGAGUCUUUUAAUAAAGAUCCCAAAGGCUAUGAUCCCCUUAUCCACUGUGUCUUGCUAACCUUUUUGAUCCAAGAAAUUGAAAGAUUUGAUAAGUUAUUAUCUAUUAUACAUAAAUCUCUGAAAGAUCUUCAACUUGCUGUAAAAGGAGAGAUCAUCCUCACCCAAGAAUUAGAGCAAAUAUAUGAUUCUUUUCUUAAUACGAGAGUGCCAACAUUGUGGCAGAAACAUGCCUACAAGUCAAGUAAACCCCUGAGUUCCUGGAUUAAUGACCUCAUCCAGAGGCUGAAUUUCUUUAAUACCUGGGCCAAAAUGGCUUACACUGCAAUACAUCGUCGGUAUAUGAGUCUUAUGACAGCUUGGAAGCACUCUAGCUCAUCACCUAGCCAGAACUCCAAACACCCCACUGAUCAAAAGAAUUUCUUUGAAGGAUUUCCUGCAAGAUAUUGGCUCCCAGCUUUCUUCUUUCCACAAGCCUUUCUUAUUGCUGUGCUUCAAGACUAUGGAAGGUCCCAAGGAAUCUCUACAGAUGCCCUGACUUUUACCCACCAUGUGAUCUCUGACACUACUGAUGUCAAAGACGAGGAAUUCUCCGUAAUCAUCCAGAAGAAACUCAACAUAGUCAGGAGAGCCUUUAAGGGCACAGACCCCAUGCACAUUGGAGUUCACGUCUUUGGUUUAUUCAUUGAGGGGGCAAGGUGGAAUCAUCAAGAAAAAAUACUAGAAGACUCGCUGCCUUGUGAGAUAUGUUGUGAUUUUCCUGAAAUAUACUUCUUGCCAACAAAGAUUUCUACCAAAACACCAAGCGCUUCUAUGCAGACAAACUCAGAACUCUAUACUUUUGAAUGCCCAGUUUACCAGACACCUGAGAAGUCCAGUAUUUUGACAGCUGCUGGCUUACCCUCAAAUUUUUUAACGUCUGUGUAUUUAUCCACAAAGAAACCUCCUAGUCACUGGAUCACAAUGCAGGUUGCGUUGCUGUGUGAGAAGAAUGAAAAAUAA